ACUUGUUUGUAUUAUUGUCUACCGUAUCCGCAAACAGAGCGCGGUACGUCGUGGUACGCGGCACGUAAUGAUGAUGAAUUGAUGAUUCGCGGUUGCGAUUGCUCGAUAAGCUGAUAAGUGCAUGCACGCAUACGCAUUUCCCCGUCUUAUCUCGGUUAAUUGACGUACUCGCCUCGGCGGCGUCGAGCGAGAGAGUAUAAUGAACGCGUCCGAGUCCUCGGUGGACCAAUCUCAACUCGUCAACAGGUCGACCCGAACGACCCGGAGCAUUGGUCGCGGUUAAACGGAUUAAUUCAUUAGCCGUGUCACCCGCCGCGAACGGCAGAGCGAGGGCCCACGAGACGAGCAAUCAAAGACAGAGUCGAGCAGGAUAAUCAAAUCGUACAAAACAAUAACAAUAUUGUUCGCCAAUUGGACUGCGGCAAUUGACGUGGAAGAUGCAGUGGCUAGCGUUGAUAAUAUGCCUCUAUGCUGGAGUGGCCAGUGCGCGUACAGAGGAGGACCAGCAGACGCAAUCGAACGCAGGUGGAGCCUCCAAUUCCCUUCCAGAACAGUGUUUUUACAGGCACUCAACGGACUGUCCAGACUCAAACAGGUGUCCCUGCAAGAGGAUCACACUUGCGAAUGUACCAGAGGGCAAUGCCGCGCUCUGUUGCAACACAGAUCAACAGACCCUGGAGGAUGGCCUCUCUUGCAUAGGAUUUGCACAUUCGAAUAUAAGUUACGUACACAUACGUAACGCGACUCUGGAUGUGUUUAAUGCAAGCGAAGUUCGUUGGAGGAUGCUGAAGUCUCUGGCCAUAACCGAUGGCAAGAUCGAUCGAUUGCGAGGGCAAUUUCGCAUGAUGACGCCGAUACAGUGUUUAAAUCUCUCGAAUAAUGAGCUGCGCGAGGUAGAGAAUAAUUCGCUGACGCGUUUGGUGCAACUCACUACGUUGGAUCUGUCUUAUAAUAAACUCACUUACCUUCCAGCUUUGAACACGAUGAACGGCCGGGAAUUUUGGUUAGACAUCUCAGGAACAAAUAUACUCUCGUGUCACGAUGUGUAUCAGUAUAUCAAUAAAACAGGUGAAAAGCAAAUCACGUUUAAUCGCGAGAACGAGACAGUUUGUUCCUCCCUGGCGACGUGGCACUGGUUCAACACCACGGAACAAGUGCCUCUGUCGCAGGUUCUUUAUCUCAGUUUGUUGCAAACAGAAUGUCCGAAAGGUGACACCUGGCAAUGUCAGUGCGAUAUCAAGAGAUUAGAUAUUAUCGAGGGCAAACCACCUACGCACGCUGUAAACGUAGAUUGCAGCGGAAUGCAAUUGACAGAGUUACCUGAAAAAUUGCCACAAAAUACUAUAGCUCUCAAUGUUUCCUAUAAUAAUAUUACAGUUAUAGAUGAUCUCAGUACUAACCCCCGUUACGAAGAUCUGCGCGAAUUCUAUGCGGAUUAUAAUAAUAUCUCUUCGAUAAACAAGCUGGAGGGUUCUAAAUUUCUGGAUAAUUAUGCCAUCCUAAGUUUACGGUACAAUAAAAUUAAAUCACUGCCAACGUACAUAUUAAGCGCACACAAUAAGAAUUAUAUGAGCUCGAGAAAUCUGGUUAGACUAGGAGGCAACAAGUUGCAUUGUGACUGUAAUACUGCUAAGCAUCUCAAGGCAUGGUUACAAACGCGGAUAUUGGAUUCCGACGAAGUAAUGUGCGAAAAUGUAAAGGAAAAAGUUAUAGAUUUAGAACCGUCGAAGAUGUGCGUGUAUCCGGGAGACUGGACGGAUUAUAUAUAUUAUAUUAUCGCUACCGAGGUGAUACUUUUGAUUGGUUUGAUAGCCAAAGUGUCUUAUGACUAUUGGGUGUUCAAAACGGCAGGAUAUCUUCCAUGGCCGGCGAAUAAAAUGCCAAAGUUGCCGUGCGACUGGCUGUUCGAGACAUAAAUCGAGCGCAAUUCCUAAUAUUAAAUAACAAAAACAAGUGUGCAAUAAAAAUAUGAUAACUGCUAAGACACACUAAAUAUGUCUUUUAUGAUGUGUCAGGAUAUUUCCAAUGACUAUAAUGGAAAAUAAUAUUUAAUUUUUCCAUUCAAAAACAGAAUUUCAAAGUAAUCUCUGCAUUCAUGUCCAUGACAAAUGUUUUGGUAAAAUUUAUAUUUACUGUUUAGUGUAUAUAUAUGGUUGUUAAGAGAUGUAUCAUAUGUAAUUUUA